CCGACAGUAUAUAUGUACACACAUUACCCAUCUCUUCUCUUCCCCCAUUAACUGCCGGAAAAGGCUCCCCCUUAUAAACCCAAGUUGUUACCACUCUACCAAAACAAAAGCUCAAAUCAAAACUGCGCAAAUAAAUUGAGAGAGUAAGUGAGUCAGUGAGUGUGUGUCAAAGCAACCAUGUGGAAGUUGUUAGCAUCUGCUGAUAAUCCCUCAAGCAACAAACAACACAACAUGUCCAAACCUCUACUGAUCCCCAAACCCCAACAAAAACAGACGUUGCUGUCGCUUUCAAUCAUCAACGAGGCGAAAUGCAUAGCAGACAUUUCACUCCCAAUGAUCCUAACUUCCCUCAAUACAAACUGCUCGCCCUCACCAUGCACAGAACUGUUCUCCUCCUUCUCGUAACUUCCAUUCUCAUUUCCUUCUUGUGGCUAAACAUGCGCACCAUCUUAGUCUUUUUCGGUCAAGAACAAGAAAUCGCAAACGAGGCUCAAGUCUUCAUCUAUUAUUCUCUCCCUGAUCUCGUAGCGCAGUCUCUCCUUCACCCUCUCAGAAUCUACCUUCGCACUCAGUCCAUUACUCUCCCUCUCACGUGCUGCUCCGCAUUCUCCAUCCUCCUGCACGUGCCAAUCAACUAUCUUUUCCUCCAAGUUCUUCAUCUCGGAAUCAGAGGCAUCGCCUUGGCCUCUGUCUGGACCAACUUCAACCUCGUCAUUUCUCUGAUUAUUUACACCGUCGUCUCAGGGUACCACAGGACAACAUGGACACGUGUCACGCUCUCCAAGUGCUUCAGCGGGUGGAAGAAGCUCCUGAGUCUCUCGAUUCCGAGCUGCGUUUCUGUCUGCCUCGAAUGGUGGUGGUACGAAAUCAUGAUCUUGCUCUGCGGAUUGCUUAUGGAUCCGCACGCGAGCGUUGCGUCCAUGGGGGUUCUGAUUCAAACUACUGCGUUGAUAUACAUUUUCCCAUCUUCGCUGAGCUUCGGCGUCUCGACAAGAGUUGGAACCGAGUUAGGAGCAGAGAAUCCCAAUAGGGCGAAACUGGCCGCAAUACUGGGACUAUGCUUCAGUUUCGUCCUCGGAUUCUCUGCUUUGAUAUUUGCGGCUUCGGUGAGGAACGUUUGGGCUUCGAUGUUCACGGAAGACGAAAAGAUCAUAGCGUUGACGACGAUGGUGUUACCGAUAAUUGGGUUGUGUGAGAUUGGGAACUGUCCGCAAACAACGGUUUGCGGGGUUUUGAGGGGAACAGCGAGACCAAAGUUGGGAGCGAACAUAAACUUGGCUUGUUUCUAUGUUGUGGGAAUGCCGGUGGCGGUUUGGUUGGGUUUCUUUCAAGGGUUUGAUUUUAAGGGGUUGUGGUUGGGUAUGUUGGCAGCGCAGGGUUCUUGUAUGGUCACCAUGUUGUUUGUUUUGGUCAGGACCAAUUGGGAUGGUCAAGCACAAAGGGCCAAGGACUUGAUGACGUCAUCCGAAGAAUUAGAUUUAGGAGAUGACGGUGAUGACCAUGACGAUGAGGACCAAUAUGUUGAGAAAUGGUGUUUGGGAAUAUGUUAUGACACAAAAGAACUUGUUUGAUUUCGUUGUUUCAGCCAAUUAAGGAAUUGGGAAGACAGGAGGGUGGUUGAUUUAAUAAUAUUUUGAUUUAAAAGAUGGAUUUUGAUUCUUUCUAGAGAGAUUGACUAAUUUCCGAUUGUAAAUCAAAGAACAUGAAGGGGAAUUAGAUGGAGAGGGGUGGAGACGGAGUACAAUGCAAGUGCGUUUCUUCCUUUUUCACUACUUUGCUACAUUUAGUUAAAGUAUUUAAUAUAAUUUUUGUACCUAGAUUUUCUCAAUAUUUUUAUAUUAGUUGAUAAUGGUGUAA